AACAUCACAACCUGCUCAGCGGCUUCGGAUAACGGACUUGCAAAACAAAAAACGACGAUGUGGUCGAAAAUUGCAUUCUUAGCCAUUGUGGCGCUAGCGGCAUCGAGUCCCGUACAAGACGGUGGAGUCGCGGAUAAUUUAGUCAAUGUGGUUUCAGAGUGUAUUGAAACUGACACAUCGUUGUGUCUUAAGGAAAAGGCCCUCAAAUUCACGGAGAGGCUGGCGGUGACCAAGGACAUCAGCAUCUUCGAGGGCAUGACCCUCAUUAACAGCGGAACAGCUCGUUCAGCCCGCAGCUACGAGCCCUUGGCUGAAGACCCGAAGACCAGGGAGUCACAGAUCGAGGAGAGGAUCGCCAACAAUGUUGGAGACUUCUUGGACAACCACGUACUGCAGUUGCGUCUCUCUGACUUGGCUGACAACGAGUCCCGUGGUCUUGAUGAGGAAGCUCGCGGCAAAAAGAAGAAGAAGAUCAAGAAGAUCCUCCCCCUCCUCCUCCUCCUUAAGCUGAAGCUCGCAGCCCUUAUUCCUCUGUUCCUCGGCAUCAUCGCCUUCGCCGCCGCCAAGGCUGUCUUCCUCGGCAAGAUCGCCUUCGCCAUGCAAGCCGUCGGCCUCAUCAGGAAACUCCUCAACAAGGGAGGCUCCUCACACUCCUCUGCACCUAGCGUCUCCUACGGACCUCCUCAGCAUCACGACGAGCACCCCGGCUACAACUACGAACCAGCCCAAGGAUGGGGCAGGAAAGCCCAGGACGCCCAAACGAUGGCGUACUCGGGCCAACUAAACUAAGUCGAUACAAAUAGUGUGAAUGCGUGUGUGUGAGUUUAUUUAUUUUUGUUUGCCGUUGCCAUGUUACAGUACCUCAGUAAUUUAUUAUUUA